GUGUUGCGUCUGCCAGGUGUUACCAUGAGUGUGAUCCUGAAUCUGUCCUACACUGUGAGCAUCUGGAUCUCUGCUGCGGUGGCCAUCACCUACACCCUGAUGGGAGGUCUGUACUCUGUGGCCUACACAGACAUCAUACAGCUCGUCCUCAUUUUCAUCAGCUUGAAACUGGUAACCAGGGUUGACAUCCAAUAUGAACAUGUUUUUCCCUGGACACCAGCGUCCUCGGUGCCGUAUAAAGACUGAAGAGGACACUCGGCUCAGCACACAGCUGGAGACGCAAGAGAGGAUCAUGGCUGUACAGGUCAGGAGAGCGACGUUCCCCUUGAUGUUGAGUUUGUUUUUGGGAGCCUCAUCUUACAUUUGGCCCCUGGCUCCUGCAGCGUCCUUCCAGCUGCCGCCCUGCCAGCUCAUUAACCAGACGGUGUCUCUGGAAAAGGAAGGCUGUCCCAAGUGUCACCAAGUGGAAACAACCAUCUGCAGUGGUCACUGCAUCACCAAGGACCCGGUCAUCAAGUUACCGUUCAACUACGUGUACCAGCACGUGUGCACGUACCGGGACUUACACUACAAGACAUUUGAGCUUCCUGACUGUCCUUCCGGCGUGGACCCGACCGUCACCUACCCCGUGGCUUUGAGCUGCCACUGCGGCCGCUGCACCAUGGACACAUCUGACUGCACCUUCGAGAGCCUGCAGCCCAACUUCUGCAUGAAUGACGUACCCUUCUACUACUAGUCUCACGUGCAGCAAUAGCAGCAUAAAGACGAAGCUGUGUAAAUAAAGAUUGUUUCAUUUAUCAA